AUGAAUCCUUUAGAAAUUUCCGCAGUGAAGCUCCUCGCCCUCCGUCAGGAUGAGGGUGCUGGAGCCGACGAGGCCGUCAACGCGUGCGGCGCUGCCGCCGUCGACGUGAGCAACAUGCCCCUGCGUAUCGCCGCUAUCUUCGUCAUCCUCAUCGCCUCGCUUUUCGGUAGCUUCCUGCCCAUCUGCCUGGCCCGGACCUCCAGGAUGCACGUUCCCAAGAUGACAUUUUUCAUCUUCAAGUAUAUUGGUACCGGCGUCAUCAUCGCAACCGCUUGGAUGCAUCUUCUGUCUCCCGGCGUCGAGGCCCUGCACAACGAGUGCUUGGCACCCAUGCUCGGUGACUACGACUGGGCCUUCGCCAUCGGUCUGAUGACCGUCAUGGUUAUGUUUUUGAUCGAAAUGGUGGCAUCUAACCUUGCCUCUUCCGCCUUUUCUCACGGUCAUGACCACGACCUGGGACAGGGCCCUGUUGCAGUCAAGUCCAACGAACAAACAACCGAAAGCGAUGCUUGUCCGCACGAGAUCGGCGACGCUGAGAGGGGCAACGGCUUCAUUGACCCCCAGAAGGUGCCUGGACUCCCUGACGAUGUCAGCUACCCUCCAGGCGGAAGAGACCACCUUGGCCACGCUCGCGAUCAUAAGGAGGGAGACAGCCACAGUGGUCUCGCUGGCCAGCUGAUCGCCAUCUUCAUCCUCGAGUUUGGCGUCGUGUUCCACUCCAUCUUCAUAGGACUUGUCCUCGCCACCAGCGACGAGCUCGUCGUUCUUCUCAUCGUCCUGACCUUCCACCAGUGCUUUGAGGGUCUCGGUUUGGGCUCCCGUCUGGCGACUGCCGACUGGCCCUCCCACGGACGCUGGUGGCCUCACAUCCUUGCGACCAUCUAUGGCCUCUCGACCCCACUUGCCAUUGCCGUUGGUAUUGCUGCUAGGCCGAGCAGCGCCCAGACGCAGACUCUCGUCAACGGAAUCUUCGACUGUAUCAGUGCCGGUAUUCUGAUGUACACAGGUUUGGUCGAGUUGCUGGCGCACGAAUUCAUGUUCAACCCGCAAAUGAGAAACUCGCCGCUCAAGGUGCAGCUCUUCGCUUUCGGCUGCGUCGCUCUCGGCGCCUGCGUCAUGGCUAUCUUGGCCAACUGGGCUUAG